UACAGCUCUAGCGUUCACAACAAAAUAUACACAAAUUAAAUUGUUAAAGCCGAAUUUUCCCGAUUUCUAGGCGAAGAGAUGAGCUCAACGCGUCCGUUCUGCUUCGUUUGCGGCAAGGAGAAGUCCGUGGGCGUGUUCCAGCUAAUAGAAGGCUGCAUAGUGCCAGGGACCUUCAAGCCGAUCAAGGAUAUACUGAAGUACUUCGAGAAGAUCAUCAACCAGCGGCUGGAUCUCGCGCCCAACUCCGCCGCCUGCCGGGACUGCCUGGAGUACCUCUUCAACUACGACCGGCUGGUAAGGAACCUCAGCCAGGUGCAGCGCCAGAUUGCGGACGCACUUCUGGGCUGCCGGCAGGUGGAGGGCAAGCCGGAGACCAAACAGCAGGCCUCCAAGAGGGCCAGGGUCCAAGUGCCGGCCUUCAAGAUCAUCCAGGCCAGCCCGCUGCAGGAGCGGUCGCCCGAAAAGCAGGAGGAGCUCGAGCCAGAGGAGGAGGGCGAGGGCGAGGAGUUCAUGCGGGAGGAGAUGCUGGACGAGGACUUCCAAUUCAGCGAGCCGGACGACAGCAUGCCCUCCUCGGAGGAGGAGUUCUUCACCGAGACCACCGAGAUACCCUGCCACAUCUGCGGCGAGAUGUUCUCCAGCCAGGAGGUUCUCGAGCGGCACAUCAAGGCGGACACCUGCCAGAAGUCGGAGCAAGCCACCUGCCAAGUGUGCGGCCUGAAGGUCAAGGACGACGAGGUGCUCGAUCUGCACAUGAACCUGCACGAGGGCAAGACCGAACUGGAGUGCCGCUACUGCGACAAGAAGUUCUCCCACAAGCGGAACGUCCUGCGGCACAUGGAGGUGCACUGGGACAAGAAGAAGUACCAGUGCGACAAGUGCGGCGAGCGCUUCUCGCUGUCGUGGCUAAUGUACAACCAUUUGAUGCGCCACGACGCCGAGGAGAACGCCCUGAUCUGCGAGGUGUGCCACCAGCAGUUCAAGACCAAGCGCACUUACAAGCACCACUUGCGCACCCACCAGACCGAUCGGCCACGUUAUCCCUGCCCCGACUGCGAGAAGUCCUUCGUCGACAAGUACACUUUGAAGGUGCACAAGCGAGUCCACCAGCCGGUCGAAAAGCCAGAGUCGGCGGAGUCGGCCAAGGAAUCCACCGCGGCGUUCUUUUAGAUGUAGUCCCUUGCUAGUUUAAUCUAAGAAGCCCAGCUUAUGGGCCCCUAAGCGCGAACUCUAGCAGGUAAAAUCGCGGAAUUCGCGAAAUUUCGCCGGCCAUGGUAAUAAAUUGGGCAGAUGUUUUCCCAAUUCCCAGAAGAGGUCCUUCUACCUGUUAAUGGGACGUAUAUAAAGUCAUGACGCGC